AGAGCGAGAGAGAGGACUAUCUCACGCAGAUCCGGUUUGCAGUCGGGGGAUCAUGGACAGCGCUCUUGCCGCUUUCACACUGCCGAUUCACCACAAGUAUUAGUUGUGAAGACGAGGACUGACCUCCUCCGAAGCGGCAACGAUGCCUUUCGAUGGACUUGCAACUCUGAAGAACAAAUUCUUCAAUCCAGUCAAGGUGGAAGCCAAGUACGCCGUGGGAGACUCUCUGGGGCAUCUCCGAAGGGCUGUAGAUGGCACGAAUGCGGAGGAGGAGGAGGAGAUGGAGCUGAAUGAGGAUGGGCAGCCGGUGAAGGCGGGGGUGCUGAAGGGGCGGACCUUGUGCGACUGCCAAUGCUUCGGGAUGCCCAAGCGUUAUGUCAUCGCCGUCAUGAGCGGCCUGGGCUUCUGCAUCUCCUUCGGCAUCCGCUGCAACCUGGGCGUGGCCAUCGUGGAGAUGGUCAACAACAACACCGUCUACAUCAAUGGCCGGGCAGAGAUAGAGAAGCCGCAGUUCAACUGGAACCCGGAGAUUGUGGGUCUGAUCCAUGGCUCCUUUUUCUGGGGUUACAUUGUGACUCAAAUCCCAGGGGGAUUCAUCUCCAACAAUUUUGCUGCAAACAGGGUUUUUGGAAUAGCUAUAUUCCUGACUGCGACACUAAACAUGCUCAUCCCAUCGGCAGCGAGAACGCAUUUUGGUUGUGUUCUGUUUGUAAGGAUACUUCAGGGACUAGUGGAGGGUGUGACUUAUCCAGCAUGCCACGGACUAUGGAGCAUGUGGGCUCCACCUAUGGAAAGGAGUCGUUUGGCUACCAUAUCUUUCUGUGGUUCCUAUGCAGGGGCAGUUGUCGCCAUGCCGCUCGCUGGAUUGUUGGUCCAAUAUAAAGGCUGGUCUUCUGUUUUCUACGUUUACGGUGUAUUCGGGAUGAUAUGGUACGUAUUUUGGCUACUCCUCGCCUACCAAAGUCCAGCCAAGCACCCGACGAUAACCAGCGAAGAGAGGGCGUACAUCGAGAACAGCAUUGGGGAGAGAGCGUCUCUCACCAACGCCGGCCAGAAAUUCAGGACGCCCUGGCUGAAGUUCUUCACCUCAAUGCCGGUCUACGCCAUCAUCGUGGCCAAUUUCUGCCGAAGUUGGACCUUCUAUCUGCUGCUCAUCAGCCAGCCGGCCUACUUUGAGGAAGUCUUUGGUUUUCCCAUCAGCAAAGUGGGCAUGCUGUCGGCUGUGCCACACAUGGUGAUGACCAUUGUUGUGCCAAUUGGAGGGCAGAUCGCUGACUUGUUGAGGAGCCGGAAUAUCCUGUCCACAACUGCUGUUCGGAAGAUCAUGAACUGUGGAGGUUUUGGCAUGGAGGCCACUUUGCUGCUGAUUGUUGGAUUUUCCCACACCAGGGCAGUUGCAAUCUCUUUCCUGGUGCUCGCUGUUGGAUUCAGUGGAUUUGCCAUUUCAGGGUUUAACGUGAACCACCUGGACAUUGCUCCGCGCUACGCCAGCAUACUGAUGGGAAUCUCCAAUGGUGUGGGCACACUGUCGGGAAUGAUCUGCCCACUGAUUGUUGGUGGAAUGACCAUACACAAGACGCGUGAGGAGUGGCAGAACGUGUUUUUGAUCGCCUCGGUGGUCCACUACAGCGGCGUCAUCUUCUACGGGAUCUUCGCCUCGGGGGAGAAGCAGGACUGGGCGGACCCCGAGCCGAGCAGCGAGGACAAGUGUGGCAUCAUCGACCAGGACGAACUGGCGGAGGAGACGGAGCUCAACGACACCACCUGCAUCACCGCUCAGAAGAAGAUGUCCUACGGCGCCACGAACCAGGUCAACGACUCGCGGAGGGAAAGCUGGAGGAAGAGGCGAGGCCAAGCUCAGGAAGAGCUGCCGGAUGAAGCCAACAGCUACCACUGUGAGAACGGCAACUUCCCGGACCCGUCGCAGUGAGAUCCAGCGCGCCGUGACUGGGUAUCAAAGUUCAGCGCAGAAUCGGUUUUGUUGCAUUAUAAACAUCGUAUUUAACAACUUCAUAAACAUUGUUGGACUUUUUUUUAGGAUCUCGCUUGUAGAACUGGCCACCCCUCAAACUGUACCGAUGGCUGUAAUUGCUGGAAAAGAUGUCAGGCCACACCCGUGAAGAAAAUAUUGUAUUGAAGUCACGUCAUACAAACAGGCCAUUCGGCCCGCAUCUGCCCGUGCUGGUAUACUAUGCGUGUUCCAUGCCCCUCUCCCUCUCUUUCUGUCUCUCUGUUGAUUCAUUCAAUGGAUAUGGACAUUGCUGGCAAUGCCCGGGUUUGUAGUUGCAUCUGUAAUUACCCCAGGACUGGGGGGGGGGGGGGGGGGGGGGGAU